UUGACAAGUAUGUAGAUCCCAUCGACGGCGUUCGGAGGGAGCACUUUGACAUGAAAAUGCCCCAUUGACAAGUAGAUCCCAUCUCUCCCACGAGAUCCCUCGAGUCUGCUCGCCAUGGCGAUGGUGGGGGAGGAGAAGGCCGGGGGGAGCAGGAGCAAGGUGUUGGUGAUUGGGGCGACAGGAAGAUUCGGUCAAGAGCUAGUGAAGGCGAGCCUCGCCGCGGGCCACCCGACCUACGCCCUCGUGAGGGAGCCGACCUUCUCCCGCGCCGACGCCUCCCUCCUCCUCCAAUCCUUCUCCGCCAGCGGCGUCACCCUCCUCAAGGGUUCCUUACAAGAUUUUCCAAGUCUUCUCGAAGCUCUCAAGCAAGUAGAUGUGGUCAUCUGUGCAGUACCAUCGAGUCAAGUGCUCGAACAAAAGCUUCUAAUUCGAGCUAUAAAACAAGCAGGGUGCAUCGAGAGGUUCAUCCCAUCUGAAUUCGGUGCCGACCCUGACAAGGUUCAAACCCUCGAGAUGGAUCAUGACUUUUAUAAGAAGAAAGCUGAAAUUCGACGUUGUAUCGAGAAAGAAGGCAUUCCUCACACCUAUAUUUCCUGUAAUUUUUUCCAAAGAUAUUUGCUCCCAUCACUUAUACAACCAGGUCUAAAGACUCCUCCAACAGACAAAGUAAAGAUUUUCGGUAGCGGUAAUGUUAAAGCUGUUUUUGUCAAAGAGAGUGAUGUUGCUACAUUCACAGUUUGUGCAAUAGACGACACAAGGACAUUAAACAAGGUGUUAUACUUGAGACCUUCAGGCAAUGUCUACUCUCAGAAUGAGCUGACUGAGAUUUGGGAGGUUAAAAUAGGUAAGAAGCUUGAAAAGAUUCACGUAACAGAGGAGCAGCUUCUUAAAAGUAUUCAUGGCUCGUAGCAAGAAACCACGAAGAACCUGAAAGGUCAGAUUUACUAGAAACAGCUUGAUAUCUGUCAGUACUACUCGAAAUAAAUUUGGGAACGCACUUUAAUGCUUCCGCAAAUGUACUUUAAAUCACGGGGACAGAGAUGUUCUGAAUCAACGCAACGAUCUUGAUAGAACAAUUAAAUCAUCGUAAAGAUCAUCUCGUCAGUCGUCCAUGGCCAAUGACUCUUCCAAUUUGUCUUGAUCAGCUCUGUUUCACGAGAUUCUACCGUCAUUAGGAAGACCAACUCCUGUUGUUCGUGAUGAGGAACGCAUCUAAUUUUUCUUCUUACAAGAUUUUGCUGCC